AUGGUUUUACAAAAGAUUGUGUCCGGACGACAAUUGGAGUUUGCAUGCGAUGAUUUCGUGAGAGACCAACCCGAGCUUUUGGAGAAGAUUGGCGAACGGUACGCGCAAAUGCUGAUACUAGAUAGACUCAAUAUUUGCAAAAACACGGAUGAGGAGUUUUUGUUCAUCAAAAGCGAAGAAAAUGAGAAGGCUUUAGCAAUAAAAGAUUUGGAGGAAUUGAGAGAGGAUGCAAUUCCUGCAAUAGAUCAUUUCAGGAAUCAAGUUCUUCCAAAACUUAAGAACCAUAUUAAUCAGGAGAACGAUAUUCAAAAGUUGCGAGCUAUCAUCGAAGUUUUGAAUGAAUUCAAUAGCACUAUUAGCGAUUUGAUGAAAAGCAAUGAUCGAGAUGGAUCAAAUCUCCUCAACUCUUCGUUGCAAAACUUUCAUUUAUCGUCCUUAUGA